GCGUGUUUGAUAGAGAAAGAGAGAGAAAUAGAAAAGGGAAAGCAAAACAGACAAUAUGGUGGGGCAAUGGACGGUGACUAAACCCAGCCGGAGCGACGACGUUUUGGAUGCUGAUGAGCAAGUCAGGAUCGCUAAUCAGAUCAGAGCUCAAUUUGACGCCUUGGCACCCAAGCGACCCAUCAAACCCAACAGAAGCGAACCUGAACACGAACACACCGUUGACUCCACCGUCUCUGUCCACAAUAUACCAGAGCUUCACAAGUUUCAAUCCCUUCAAUCUCGCUCUCAUGAUAUACUUUCCGCGGAGGGGUUCGUGGAUGCGCAGGAUGAGUUUGUGGAGACUCAGUACUACAAAGAGUUGGCAUCUAUUGACAAACAGCAUCACGCGACAGGGAGUGGGUUCAUAAAGGCGGUGAUAGAAGGAGAAGGUGAAGGUGGAAAUGAGAUUCAGUUGCCUGUAAGCCAUGUUGAUGCGGGUGAAACCCAUCUCACAGGCUAUAAAAGCAACCCGGCCACGAACGAUUGGGUUCCCAACUUUGAUGAACAUCAGGUCUUCGUCUCGUCGAAGCCGAAUAGGAGCGAGAGUUCUUAGAUCUGCCAGGAGAAAAUCGGUUGCCCUGUGCUGGAUUUUUCUUACUCUCUAUGCCUAUUUGGUGUUUUUAGGAGAUGAGGCUGGGUGGCAGCUUUGUAAUUUGUGUUGUAUAAUAUAAUAAGAGAAAGGAGUUUGGCAAUGCUACCAUUUCUCGUGAUAUGAUUGCAUUUUGAACGCCUAAACCUAAAUCAGCUUCCUUCUACGAUGUUCUAAUCCAGUGUCACUUCCUCUUUUUUAUUAUUAAAUUAUUGAUUUAAGUUGGCCUUGCCAAUAUCAAUAUG